UCCAGACAGGCAGACCUCAUCCUCUCCCUAACCCAGGAUUAUAACCUCGAAGUCGGACAUGGACAAUGCCGAGGCUCCCUCCACCACCAUGGUGCUGGAAUUCAAAGAAGACACUGCGCUGACAGAGAUGAUGCGUCUUCGUGUGUCGUCUUUGCAGCGCUCAGGACAGAAGCGUCAGGAUGGCGAGCGUCUGCUUCUUCCCCAUGAGGCCGUUUAUCGGCUGGACUUCCCCGCUCAGGAGCUGAACUUCUCCCGCUGGUACUUCUCCCUCAUCGCCUACGGUCGGGUCACCAUCACCGGCAUUUCCCAGCACUGGACCCCUGACCUCACCAACCUGAUGACCCGUCAGCUGCUGGAACCCAUCGGAACGUUUUGGCGAAAUGCCGACGACCCGCAGGAUUCGCCGCUCAAAUGGCUGGAGGCGGACAUGCAGGAGUUUGGCGAAAGGAUUGCUGAGCUGGCCAAGGUCAGGAAGGUCAUGUACUUCCUGUUUGCCUUCAAGGACGGGGCAGGGGCAGCAAAUCUCAGCUGCUCGGUGGAGUUCACACCAGACAAAUAACUCCUCACUCUUUGUCAGUAGUCCUGUUAGCGUGCUGGAAAAGCAUCGUAAUAUUUUAUCACAGUAGAGCUGAAUGAAACCUCAAACGAAUCCAUCAUCUUAAAUAUUCUCCUUCAAACGUUCAUUCUGUCUUGUUUGAGUUUCACUGAUUAACCUGCAGCUGUACAGAUUGUAGUCUCACUCCCUCGCACGUCACUUCAUUCUAACGUUUCAGCACAUAGAGCAAACUCUUAAAAUCACCUCGACGGCCGCGUCAAACUUUUAUGAGCACUUAUUCAAACAGCUUUUAAGAAAACAUCUUUUAGAGAUAUUUAGUUAAAAAAAAACGAUGAGGAAUAUUAUAAGAGAUGGAACAAGUAUGAAUGCACUUUAUUUAAUCUUAAUAUGGAAAUAAUCCUUUUGUAUGUUUCCUGGCAUUACUUAAAAGAUCAAUGUCUCAACAAAAAUCAGGUUUAAAAUUCACACAGCAACGUGAUCAUUGAGAAAAAACAGGAUGUUAAAACAUCACCAUCAUCAAAAACUGAAAUUUACAUAACCCACAAACAUGUUUUCUGAAAUCAUCUACUUCUGAAGGUAUGAACAACAAUCAAACGAUUCCUCUUGUAAAUAAAACCUGCCUGUUCUGAUCAUCUGAACGUUAACGUGUGUGUGUGAUGAGUGACUUGUUCUUUGACUUGUUACUGUUUUGCUCUCUCUGUGUUUUGUUUCUGAAAACUUUGAUGCUCAUGAGGGCGACAGCCAGAUGCAAAACAAGCGGCCGUGAA